AUGACGGUCAUUACGAAGGCUAUUACCGAGAAGAAGGCGGAUAAGAAGGAUCAACCGUUAGUCGACGAUAUCGAGGCGGGAAGUAGUAAACGCUGUAAAAGAAUAGACGUGGAAGUUCAGCGUGUGAAAUGCGAUGUGAGAAGUCACUAUUUUGUUAACAGAAAAAAUAUACAUCGUAUUCAUGUUACUGCAACACAUCUGCUAUUCCUUGUUGCAUUGUUGAUCCUCGUGAUUGGAGUAAUCGGUGGAUUAUACAUAUACGAGCAGUAUGCUCGAUCCCAGAUGCAUAGAUUAAGAACUGGAUGGUACAGUAUCUCCUAUGACAAUUCAAACAAAUCUCCAUACACCAUGCCGGAGUCCGAUUUCAUUAUACAAAAUAUGUCGAGCGAUUUGUCCGAAGAGGAAAGACUCGAAGCUACCAAAAAGAUGUUUAGAAAGAAUAUCGAGAACUUCAUGAAAGAACGAUUCGAGUUUGACCUGGAGAACGAACAGUAUGAGAAAAUUGAUGUGCCUGAUUUUCGCGGUGGUCGUAAAGGCAGAUUCGUACAUGAUUUUCGCGUUAACAUGACUGGCAUCAUCGAUAUUGAUGGACAAUGUUGCUUCGUGAUGCCGCUUAAUCGCCGAACAACUUUACCACCGCGCAAUAUGUACGAUCUCCUUCAAAAAAUGCAAGAUGGCUACUACGAAGUCGAGACAGAAGUCGUACGCGAAACAAUGAAAGUAAUUACACCGCCUCUUACUGAUUUAUCAGUUAUUGGAGCAUACAUAGCUCGCGAAUGCCAAGAUCUACCAACAUAUUUACUGACGAAAAUAAACGGGUCAUCGACAAAUGUUGUCAAACGUAGUAUAUCCAACGGUGUCUUCGGCCAGUUCGCAGGGAAAUACAUCACAGAGUUCGACAUUUUAAAUUUAGAAGAUAUCGGUGAAUAUAAUAAGAAGAGUCCACAGAAUUAAAUGAAUUUAUAAUUAUUUUAGAAUAUUUACCACAGUAGAUCAAUGUAUAAAAAUGAUAUCAAGCUCAGCAAGGUUAGGUAAUUUCCUCGUAAAUCACUACAAAUCACAUUCCUACUAGCUACACUUCCUUUAAAAGUUUUGCCAGGAACUACUUUUAAAUAUAUAUUAAGUCUUCCCAUCGUUUUCUAUCUUAGCUCAGACUCGGUAAAACUAAAAAUAAAUAAUAUUACUGUACAUCUGUUUAAUGUUUCAUGAAUAUUUGAUUCGAUAACAGUAUUGAUUACAAAGAGGCUGAUAUGAAUGCAUUUUUAUAUAAAUCUGUAUCUGGAUGUUUUAAUUAUGUUCUAAGGAGAUGCCGACGGUGCUUAUUAUAAGAUAGAGCAAUACGUUUUUUUUUCGACUUACGUAUUUCUCAUGCUCAAAAUUUGUUAACACUUCUAGUGAAAUUAUAGAAAUAAUUCGUGUUGAAAUUGUUGUACACCUAAUGCAUACUCAAGAAAUUGGAUGAUUAAUAAUUGUACAAAGUAGUGAUCAUGUUUUAGGAAUCGUAUAUUAACUCUACGAACUGUGAAUUAAACCCUUUUUAUCAGAAAAUACACUUUUAUGGAAUGCGUUCUCGAAUAACGAUGAUAAAGUGGCUCAUUAAAAAUGCAAUAUUAUCCAUUCUCCCCAUUAGAUAAUAGUAUAUGUGGUACCUAUAACAAAACAUGUGAUUUUUUUUUGGAAAGACUUAACACCAAAAUAUGUACUGAUGGAACGUGAAUAAUAAAGUUACUGUAACCAGA